AUGUCAGCGUCAGCGUCAGUGUCAAAGUCAGAUGAUCGUCGAGUGGCUCUCAUAACGGGAUGUUCAUCACCAAAUGGUCUUGGGACUCAAACCGCUUUACAGUUAGUCAAAAGAGGUUAUAAAGUUUACGCUACUGCUAGAAAAGUAACAAAUAUGUCUCAUCUACAAGGUAAAUGUGAACUUUUGAAACUUGAUGUGACCGAUUCAAAAUCCAUACAAGAUGUCGUCAGACAAGUGUCCGAUCAAAAUAACGGAAGGUUAGAUCUACUGAUCAAUAAUGCAGCUAUCACGGGUCCUGCUCCAGCAUUAGAUAUGUCUUUGGACGGGUUUCGACAGAUCUUAGAAACGAAUCUCAUAGCUCCAUUAGCUGUUAUCCAAGCUUCCUCUCCGUUGCUAGUGAAAGCUGGAAACGAACCUGCUCCAGGAUCAGAUGGGAAGAUUAGGAAGAGCGUAGUUGUAAAUAUGGGUAGUUUGGUUCAUUGGGGUCCUGCUUGGUCAAGUGGUUACAACGCUUCAAAGGCUGCUUUGGAAACAUUAUCCGAUACAAUGAGGAUCGAAAUGGCCAACCUCAAUGUGAAAGUGGUCAACUGUGAAACAGGUAUCGUUCGUACGGAUGUCAUCUCACACGUCUUUGAUAUCACCUCAACUACUCCAACUCCCUAUUAUAAAAACUUCAAAGAUAUCCAUUCCAGGGUGCUGCAAGGAGUAAAGGAUGGAGCUGGAUUGAUCAUUUCUCCAGAGAAAUUUGCUAAAAGAUUUGUCAACGCAAUUGAUCGAUCAAAUCCAAAUGGUAAAAUCUGGAUAGGUACAAUGUCUUCGUUAUUCAGUUGGUUAAUGCCUUUCUUUGAGACUGUUGGAUUGAAAGAUUGGUUUUGGAGAAGUCAAAAUUUUACUGGAAUGGUUGAGAAACCUAGAAUCAGAUCGGAUUAG